AUGCCAGCGAUAGAACUACUGAUUCCUUCUUCACGCACCCCCAAACCAGGCAGCAAUCCACUACCGCCUCUUCUUCAGACCCCCUCCGGCCUCGCUCUGCUCGAAAUCCAAGGGACGAUCCACGGACCUUUCGAAGGUUCAACACCCGGGGAUGAAAACCCCAUGACAACAACGCGCCAGAUCGGACGCCUGGAGUUCCCAUUAUACAACCCACAAGCAAGCAACGAAGAUGGCAAAUGGAUGAAGAAGGUCUAUCUCUACGUUGGCAAGCACCAACGACUAACCGGUGAGGUUAAGAAGUUGGGGGAGCCAUUGGCCGUCAUUCAGAAAGUGGACCACAGCAUUGGUAAUGGCAGCGAAGCAGAAUCCGGAGUGAACGCAAGCAAAGGAACUCAGGAGGCACUGGAAAUUGUUGAGAUCGUCAAGUUUAAAGUGCUGUUUAGCGCUAGGCCAGAACCGGUAGGGGAGUGA